AUGCCCCGAAGCCCCGUGUCCAGCGAGGAGGAGCGGCGCAGUGUCAGCGAGUACCCCGAAGGGGGCUCCGAGUCCGACAGCUCCCGGGACGGCCCGGGGAGGGGACCCGAAGGGGCGCGGGGCCGGGCUGGGGGGGCCGGCAUUAGCCUGGCCUCUGCCCGCCGCCUGCAGGGCCGCUCCAUGUCGGUACCCGACGACGCCCACUUCAGUAUGAUGGUAUUCCGGAUUGGGAUCCCAGACCUGCAUCAGACUAAAUGUCUGCGGUUCAAUCCGGAUGCCACCAUCUGGGCUGCCAAGCAGCAAGUCCUGUGUGCCCUGAGCGAAAGCCUCCAGGAUGUGCUUAACUAUGGGCUGUUCCAGCCAGCAUCCUCCGGCCGGGAUGCCAACUUCCUGGAGGAGGAAAGGCUGCUUCGAGAAUACCCCCAGUCCUUUGAGAAGGGCGUACCCUACCUCGAGUUCCGAUACAAGACCCGGGUUUACAAACAGACCAAUCUGGAUGAGAAGCAGCUAGCAAAACUCCAUACCAAGACUGGGUUGAAGAAGUUUCUGGAGUAUGUACAGCUUGGCACAUCUGACAAGGUGGCAAGACUGUUGGACAAGGGGCUGGACCCCAAUUAUCAUGACUCUGACUCAGGAGAGACUCCUCUGACGCUGGCAGCCCAGAUCGAGGGCUCAGUGGAUGUGAUCCGCACACUGUGCUUGGGUGGAGCCCACAUUGACUUCCGGGCUCGAGAUGGGAUGACGGCGCUGCAUAAGGCUGUAUGUGCCCGGCACUGCAUGGCCCUCACGGCUCUGCUGGACCUCGGGGGAUCCCCCAACUAUAAGGACCGCCGGGGGCUGACUCCCUUGUUCCACACGGCCAUGGUGGGCGGAGACCCUCGAUGCUGCGAGCUCCUGCUCUAUAAUCGCGCCCAGCUAGGCGUCGCUGAUGAGAAUGGCUGGCAGGAGAUCCACCAGGCCUGCCAGAGGGGUAACUCCCAACACCUGGAACACCUGCUGUUUUACGGGGCCGAGCCAGGUGCCCAGAACGCGUCGGGGAACACGGCCUUGCACAUCUGUGCUCUCUACAACAAGGAGACGUGUGCCCGAAUCCUCCUGUAUCGGGGGGCCAACAAGGAGGUGAAGAACAACAAUGGACAGACCCCUUUCCAGGUGGCUGUAAUAGCUGGCAACUUUGAGCUGGGGGAGCUGAUCCGAAACCACCGAGACCAGGAUGUGGUCCCCUUCCAGGAGUCCCCCAAGUAUGCAGCCCGUCGGAGGGGGGGUCCACCAGGCACAGGGCUGACUGUGCCCCCGAUGCUGCUCCGUGCUAACAGCGACACCAGCAUGGCACUGCCUGAUUGGAUGGUGUUUUCACCCUCUGGGCCCCCUGGUCCUGGUCCUGCCCCAGCGGCCCCAGCUCCGACAACCCCCUCAACCCCAGGCACCAAACUCAGCAGCGGCACUCUGCGUAGUGCCAGCAGCCCUCGGGGUGCCCGCGCCCGCUCCCCUUCCCGAGGGAGGCACCCAGAGGAGGCAAGGAGGCAACCCCGGGGACGGCCCAGAUUUAAAAGGGAGAGGUUGGUGGAUGAAGAGACUUCUACAAUAAGACUGCCUUGGGUUGGAGGUAGCUAUGGAGAGAGACAGGAAGCCCCCAAUCGUCCCUCCCUGACUUUCUGGCUCCCUUUCCACUUAAGUUCCUACCAAAGCUCCAGUGGGACACCCAGAGAGGGGCCAUCUGGGGGCACAGGGGGAUCCGGGGGCCCUGGGGGCUCCCUGGGAAGCCGGGGACGGCGACGGAAGCUCUACACAGCAGUACCAGGACGCUCCUUCAUGGCCGUGAAACCAUACCAGGCCCAGGGCGAGGGGGAGAUCUCCUUGAGCAAGGGAGAGAAGAUCAAAGUGCUCAGCAUCGGGGAAGGAGGCUUCUGGGAAGGUCAGGUCAAAGGUCGAGUUGGCUGGUUCCCCUCAGAGUGCCUAGAGGAGGUGGCUAAUCGCUCCCAGGAGGGAAAGCAAGAAAGUAGGAGUGACAAAGCCAAAAGGCUCUUCCGACACUACACCGUGGGCUCUUACGACAGCUUUGACGCCCCCAGUGACUACAUCAUUAAGGAGAAGACCGUCCUGCUACAGAAGAAGGACAGUGAGGGGUUCGGUUUUGUGCUACGGGGGGCCAAGGCGCAGACCCCCAUCGAGGAGUUCACUCCCACCCCAGCAUUCCCUGCCCUACAGUACCUCGAAUCUGUGGAUGAGGGCGGUGUGGCUUGGAGAGCAGGCCUUCGGAUGGGGGACUUCCUCAUCGAGGUGAAUGGACAGAAUGUUGUAAAGGUUGGGCAUCGGCAAGUGGUCAAUAUGAUCCGCCAGGGUGGCAAUACCCUGAUGGUGAAGGUGGUGAUGGUCACACGGCACCCAGAUAUGGACGAGGCUGUCCACAAGAAAGUGCCCCAGCAGGCUAAGCGUCUCCCAGCCCCUGCCAUCUCAUUGCGGUCUAAGUCCAUGACUUCGGAGCUGGAGGAGAUGGUCUCCCCCUGGAAGAAGAAGAGUGACUAUGAGCAGGCACCAAUGCCCAGCGUGGAGAAGAAGAGGACAGUCUAUCAAAUGGCACUGAACAAACUAGAUGAGAUCUUGGCAGCUGCUCAGCAGACGAUCAGUGCAAGCGAGGGGCCCGGGCCAGGCGGCCUUCCUUCUCUGGGCAAACACCGAGCCAAGGGCUUCUUCGCCACUGAGUCCAGCUUUGAUCCCCACCACCGUUCCCAGCCUAGUUAUGAACGGCCAUCUUACCUACCCCCUGGACCAGGCCUCAUGCUGCGACAAAAGUCUAUUGCCUUGCCCUCCCCCUUUUUCUCACUCUCUCUCUCUCAUCCCCCUGUCCGCCAAUCCAUCUCCUCCUUCCCUCAACGUUUCCGUCCACACCCGCAUCCCAGGCUCGCGGACGAUCCCCCGUCUUCGCUUCUCUCCAAACCCGUGAGCAGCUUAUUCCAGAACUGGGCCAAGCCGCCGCUGCCGCCACUGCCCUCAGGGUCUGGGGUGACCCCAGCAUCUGGGGGAACCGGCGCUGGGUCGCCCUCGCCGUCCUCAUCUUCAACCACCCGCCACCUCCAGGGCGUGGAUUUUGAAAUGCGCCCCCCUCUACUCCGACGUGCCCCCAGUCCCUCCUUACUGCCCCCCUCGGACCACAAAGUCAGCCCCGCUCCCCGGCCCUCUUCUUUGCCCAUCCUGCCCUCUGGGCCCCUGUAUCCCGGCCUCUUCGACCUCCGGGGCUCACCCACUGGAGGGCCUGGGGGCGCCUCGGACCCCUUCGCUCCCGUUUUCGUGCCCCCCCACGCGGGGAUGGCGGGAAGCCUGGGUGGGGCGUUGGCUGGGGCCUCACGCUCGCUGUCGCCCACACGCCUGCUCUCCUUGCCCCCGGACAAGCCGUUUGGGGCCAAGCCCCUAGGCUUCUGGACCAAGUUUGACGUGGCCGAUUGGCUGGAGUGGUUGGGCCUGGCCGAGCACCGAGCUCGCUUCCUGGACCACGAGAUCGAUGGCUCCCACCUGCCCGCCUUGACCAAGGAGGACUACGUAGACCUGGGCGUCACCCGGGUGGGGCACCGAAUGAACAUUGACCGCGCUCUCAAGUUCUUUCUGGAGAGGUGA